UUGGAUUAGUAUAAAAGGGGUGUGCUUGAACAUAUUCUUCAUCAGUUCUUCAACAGCACUCGUUGAACAUUCAACAAUUCAAUUAAAAAUUGAAAAAUAAAAAAAAACCAAUCAACCAUGAACGCUUUGGUAUUCAUUGCUAUGCUUGCUUUGGCAACACCAAUUUUCGGUGAAGAAGCUCUUGAAGCUAAACGUCAAGAAAAGAGAGGAGUCGUUGGUCUUGGAUAUGGCAACAAUUAUUUAAAUGGUCUUGGCUAUGGUUAUAAUGGUCUUUCUCAUGGAUACUUGAACAACAUUAAUGCACCAUACUACUUGGGUCAUUCAUCUGGAGCAGUUGCACCAAUUGCACCAAUCGCUCCAAUCGCUCCAAUAGCACCAGUUGCACGAGUUGCACCAGUUUAUACUGCACCAGCUUACACAGCACCAGCUUACACAGCUCCAGCUUAUACAGCACCUCUUGCUUACAAUUACAAUCAUGCUGUUAAUCCAAUUUACAAUCCACUUCGUCUUGGUCAUGCUGGUGUUUCUGCUCACAACUUGGGAUACUACAACUCUUGGUAAUUCAUCAACCGAAAAACAUAAACAACAUGUAUCCAGGAUCAAUCACAAAUUUAUAAACAGUUAAAUCUUUUAAUAUUUUUUAAUUAUAAAUACUUACUUUUUUUUAAUUUUCAUUGAAAUAUUUUAUUAUUUUAUA